AUUGCUGCUUCCAUCCAUUGAGAAACGUCGGAAAAACCUUUCGAGCUGCGUCGUGAUCUUAAAGGCUUCUGGGCUUGGCCCUGAGGCGAUUUCGAAAUAUCCCAGGGGCAAAAGAAAAGCUCGGGAUGAACAUGGAUCGGAAUCAAAGGAAGGGCUUUCGACAGAGGUCACCCCCUGUCCUCAAAUACUUGCAGGGUAUCCUUCGCAAAUACCCAGAUGGGGGUCAGAUCUUAAAGGAGCUGAUCCAGAAUGCAGAUGAUGCGGGUGCUGAAGAGGUGAUCUUACUCUACGAUGAACGGAGUUUUGGAACGCAGAGCCUCUUUUCUGAGGGGUUGGCGAGUGCCCAAGGCCCUGCCCUUUUUGCCUACAAUACUGCCCAGUUCUCCGAAGCUGACUGGGAUGGGAUCCAGAGUCCAGGUGUCAGUCACAAAGAGGAUGACCCUUCCACCGUUGGUCGAUUUGGCUUGGGCUUCAACUCAGUCUACCAUAUCACAGAUUUCCCAUCUAUACUCUCUGAUCAGUGUUUGGGAGUGCUGGAUCCACAACAAACAGCGUUAAAUGACGGGGGUCAGCUCUGUAGUGUGGACGAAUGGGAAGAGGCUUCCGACCAGUUUCAACCGUUCUGGGCAAUACUGAAAUCGCUGGGCAAGCCUUGCCCAACUGUUGAGGGCCGAUUCCCGGGCACGCUGUUUCGCUUCCCACUACGACAGAGUCCCUCGAGGCUCUCGGAAAACCUCUACAGCCCAGAACGGGUGCGGGAGCUGCUGCUCUCAUUCUUGAAUGAUGCCCCCAUUAGCUUACUGUUCCUCAGGAACAUUCGGAAGUUGACAUUGGGCCUCGUUGGAUCCGACGGCGCCAUCAGGGAGCUGCUGAGAGCCGAAGCCUCCACUCGUCCAUUUCCUGGGUCAGACGCCUUCACAUCUCUAGACGUGAGUCGAGUCAGCCUUCCUGGCACUGUUCUCCAUGGAUCACACUCUCCUGAUGACGUCACUGGCACCAAGUUGGACACGGCUGCCCACAUCAAAACCCUUGCUGUACGUGGCACUGGGAUUGGACAGGCCACCAGUUGCGAUUGGCUGGUGUUGUCAGCUGAAGCUAAAAAGGAUGCCUUCCCAGAACUGUGGGAUCUCUCAGGCAAGGUGAGCUCUAGGCCAGCCCAGUCCUUGGCUUACUAUUUGCAAGGCAGGUGCUCCGGGCGCCUCAACUGCGUCUUACCGCUCCCUGCCACAGAGGAAAACAUGACAGGAUUGCCACUGCACAUCAGUGCCCCGUUCCAGCUGACGGAUGACCGAAGACACAUACAAUGGUCAGAAGAAGGGUCCCAGGCGCGGGGAGAUGACGGCCGUUGGAACCACUUGCUGAUGGAAGAGAUGCUGCCUGUGGCUUAUUGCCAGAUGGUGCUGCUGACUUCUGCCUAUCCCGGUGAGCCGUACGGGGCAUGGCCGGACCCAGAUAAAAGCCAGCAACUCCGCUACAAGCCUUUAGUAGCUCAGAUCUGCCAGAGACUGAUAGACAUGAAACUCUUGGUGCAGGUUGGAGGUGGGACUCGUCACCUGCUUCAUCCCCGCGAAGCCGUCCUCUUGCCAGAGGAGGUGAUAGAUAAGCCAGUGGGUGCGGCGUUGGAGAAGGCUCUCAUUGCAGCAGGAUUGCUGGUGGCUGUUGCCCCUCCUCAUGUGCGCCGAGCCUUGGCGCUGGGCACCAAAGAUGGGGCAAAAGUGAAGGAGGCAACAACGAAGUUUGUGAGAAACACCCUGCGCCGGGCAAACAGCAACUGUUGCGGGCUCUCUCUGUUGGAGAAAUACUUGGUGUUGGAGUACUUGGCUGGAGAUGAGUGUUACCAGGAGUUGGAGGGUCUGCCAUUGCUGCCCACAGCCAAAGGACACUUUACCGCCUUUGGAGAUUCCGGAGAGACGGUCUUUGUUGAGAACCAUAACUUCCCCAGGAUCUUGUUGCCUGGUUUGGCUCACCAGUUUCUGCCCAAGGAUCUAAACCCCAAGCUGCUGAAGCAUCUGCAAGCAAUUGCAGAAAGAGGGUUAUUCAGGAACCUGGUCUCCUUGGAUCGAACUGUCAUUGAGCAGAAUCUUCGUGGAUCCCUCCCCAAAGACUGGGUCAGCAGCAACGCGUCACGCGUCACUUGGUGCCCAAAGAAUCAUCCGAAACAACCCCCUCUUGAGUGGCUUGAUGCUUUCUGGAAUUUCCUGAAAUGCCAUACGUCUUCCCUGGCAUCCUUCAACGGAUGCCCACUGAUACCACUGACUCCUUUGCACAAUUCCAUCAGUGGCAUCCAACUGGCACGACUUGUGCCUCGGCCUACUCUGCUGUUCCAGAGCCGAGAUGAGCAUUCCUUGCCGGGCGAAGUGGCUGGCGUUCUGGAGAUACUGGGGUGCACCGUGAUCCGGAGCUGGGAGCCACGCUGGGGCCACCCCCAACUCAAAGAAUAUAUACUAGAACCCACACCCUGUGGUGUCCUGCAGGCUUUUGCCCAUUUGGGGGUGUCAUCUGUAGCUGCCUGCCUGGUGUCCCUACGCACUUCGCAGAUUGAGAGCUUGAGCACUUUUCUCUCAACAGUUCCAUCCCUUUCCCCAAAGGAACUUGAAGUCCUGGUGGAAUUGCCGCUGUUCACCAAGAUGCCUUCUCUCCUUCCACCCACCGGGCCCAGCUUGGUGCCAGCCCAGCGCCACUUGGCAUUAGAAAAGAGCCUGGUCCCACCAGUGCCCACAGAUCUGUUGACUCCGGAGCCCGUGCUGUUAUGUCGUAACGAAGCUGAACGCCGCCUCCUUGUGCAAAUCCGGGGAAGUCUCCUGGGGACGCCGGACCUAUGCCUGUUAUGUGUGAAAGCAAUGAAGAAGGGGGCGUACAUCAGCCGGAUGCAGGAUGCUCAGCAGCUCAUGCUGUGGGUGCUACACAACGGGGACUCCCUCUUCAGUCAGAACCGGGAAUUACAAGCGUUGUGCCGGGACCUUCCAUUUCUGGACUGCGGAUCAGGAAAGUUGGGCCGGCCCAGUGAUCUCUACGACCCAGAGAAUCCCGCUUUGCGGGCCUUAUUAAAACCUUGCCGCUUCCCCACGGGAUGUUUUCAGAUGCCAGCAGCAUUGCGGACUCUACGUACUCUGGGGCUGAAAUCUGAUCUCGGUGCUGUCUGUCCCACAGAUGCAUUAACAGCUGCAGAAGAAGUGAAUCAACUGCAGGAGGCUGCAGCUGCUGACGCCAAAUCACAGGCACUCAUCCAGGUCUGCAACGAGACCCCUCUACUGUCGAGCUUCUCCCCCUGGGAGCUGAAGCAGCUGCGGUCCCUGCCUUGGGUGCCUGCCACCAACUCCUCCACACAUGUGCCAGCUGGACGCUUCUUGGCACCCGAAUCGCUUCGCUCAGAGAAGUACGUGGCUCUUGUGGGGCUGGUCAUGAGCCUGACAGAUGCUUUUUGUAAACAAGCUGCAGAAAAACUGGGUCUAGAGUGUUCCCCUCCGCCCCAGAAGGUGAUGGAGAAUCUAGCUGGCCUGGCGCAGGCCUGGCGGCACGAUAGGACACUAACAUUUACUUCAGAGUUGCAUAGCAUCUAUCGGUACAUGCAACAGUACCUCACUGACUUCCAGACGCCACCCACGGGCCCUGCAGUGUGGAACGGGAAUGGCUUCUCGUCACCCGCAGAUGUGGUGUUGACCUUCCCCGAUGGCUUGGACCUCACAGCCUUGAUAUCACAAGUACCCCCGGACUUCCAACAAUACAGCCGGCUCUUUGCAGCAUGGGGAGUCCGUCAGUCACCCAAAGAAGAGGAGGUGUGCCAGGCCCUGCACAAGCUGGCAGAUCAAAUCAACGUCCGACCGCAAGGUGGCACGCAAGCUGAAUUGCUCCUUGUGAUUGCUGUCUUGGACUGGCUCCGUAGUCGUGGACACCACGGAGAAAGGGAACUGUCUGUGCCUGUGCAGAUUCUGGGAUCGGCUGGUUUUGCUCUACGCCCUGCCAGUUCAGUGUUGUAUUGUGACAUGGAUCGGGCCCGGCUUGCUGAGCUGGAUGGAGACCCACCUACUUUGGUGCAUGAAUUGAUUUCCGCCACCACCGCUGCUUUCCUUGGGGUGAAGAUGCUGAGCACACGGUUGUCGGGCCUAGAACUGUUUGAGGCUUGGGGUCCUUCGGAGCCGAUCACUCUCCGGAUCCGCAACGUGCUCCGCGAGUACAGCCAGGACGCAGAUGUGUUCCAGGAACUGCUGCAGAACGCAGAAGAUGCUGGUGCCCAGACCUGUCGUUUCUUAGUAGAUCUCCGCCAGCAUAAUGGCACCACAGAAGGACUCCUAGACCCCGGCAUGGCUGCCUGCCAAGGACCAGCGCUUUGGGCCCAGAAUGAUGCAUUGUUCAGCAACACCGAUUUCUUAAACAUCAUCCAACUAGGUGCAGCCACCAAGGAACGCCAGGACGACAAGAUUGGCCGUUUUGGGCUGGGCUUCUGCACUGUCUACCACAUGACGGAUGUGCCUUCCCUCCUCAGCGGCCACACCGUGCUCAUCUUUGACCCCAACGUCACCCAUCUCCAGAAGCACAUUCAUGGCCAAGCCAGACCAGGCAUUCGUUUGAAAUGGACCCGGCAAGUCACCACUGCAUUCCCUGAGCAAUUUCGGCCCUUCACGGGCAUUUUCGGGUGCCAAGCUGGAGAGAAUUACCAAGGCACACUCAUCCGCCUGCCCUUCCGCACUGAGCAGGAGGCGAGAGACUCUCAGAUCUGCCCUGAGCCCUUUGGACCCAGUCGAAUCAAAGCACUGCAAGAUGGCUUCAAGCAAGUGUACCAGUACCUGCUGAUCUUCCUGCGCAAUGUGCAAGAGGUGUCGCUGACCCACCUCCCUGGGGGUUCCAGUUUCCCAGAAUUUGCCCAACCACUGGCCACGGUGAGCAGGCAAGCACUUGACAAGAUGGGGGCUCUCAAUAUUGUGAAAUUGACAGCAACUUGGAAGUCGGACGUGCUUACCAGCCAUUACCUGCUACACUCAUGCUUAGCUACAGGAGAAGCCCAGGGACUGUUCAAACAAGGGGGAGGAGAGGGUGUCCAUUUCUCGCCUCCGGUUGCUGGUGUGGCCCUGCCCCUCCGCCCUGCCACCACUGCUGGACGAUGGGUCCCAGAUUUAGAUGGCUUCAAAGGCCGCGUCUUCUGUUUUUUGCCUCUUCCUAUUGAAUCUGGCUUCCCGCUGCACCUCACGGCAGCCUUUGCUGUGCUUAGUAAUCGUAAAGGGCUCUGGGAUGCCACGGAGAAGGGACAAUGGAACAAGGCCCUCCUACGGGAUUCAGUGCUGGGCGCCUGGCUUGGGGCACUGUCUCGGCUCAGGGACAUGUACAAAGAAGGAUUGCUGGAGGAGUACAAAUACUACAUUUUUUGGCCUGAUGUGCGCAAUGCAAAGCAUCCUUUCAGUGAAACAGCCAAGGCCUUCUACCAGGCAUUAGUCAAUGGAGUUGACGGGGAGCAGCCAGUUCUGUUCUCUGAUGGCCAGAAAUGGUGUCCAGCCCGGCACGCCUGCAUUUUGGAUGCUGACAUUCACGGUGAGCAGCAGCUGAGUCCUAUAGCUGCCAGGGUCUUCUCUUCACUCCUGUCAGAACCCCAGAUUGCAGUGUCUCUUCCCAGCUGGGUGAAGAUGAAUUUCAAAGAAUGCACCAAUGCAGAUGACCUCUUGCCAAAUACCUACAACUGGGAGCGAUUCCUCCGGGAGCUUGUUUUGCCCAACCUGGCUCUGCUGGCAGUGCCGGAUCGUGAUGCCUUGAUUCUUCGUGCCCUGGAUUUGAAUGAUGCUAGCGUGGAUCGGAUCCUCACAUCCCUGCCUUGCAUUCCCACCACUCCACACAAAGAGCUGAAAAAUAUUAAGGGACUCGUACACCCCAUGGGCCGUGCUGCACCUCUCUACACCCCAGAAGAAGGCCGCUUCCCCAUGGGCAAAAGUUUUCUGAUGCCAGAAAGGCUGUUGCGCUUGGAGCAUCUUGGUAUGGUCCACAAUUUGGUGGCAAUGGAGGAACUGAUAGACCGAGCCAGAACUGUGGAAGCCUUGUGGCAUCGUGAUCCACAGAAAGCUUGCCAGCGAGCCCACCAUAUCCUGGAUCUCCUGGAAGAUCACCUUCAGAGAGGUUCUAGCAAUACAAUCCAGGUCAUUUUUAGAGAUAUUCCCUUCUUGCCAACAGUACUUCCAGGUAACUGCCACAAACUCUUCUGCUCUAAUAAGAUUUACCACUACAAGAUGAGCCCGCUGGUAGGCUUGAUUGAACCUGUUCUGGACAAGGAGGCCCUUGGUAAAGGCUUGAAGCUCUCCAAGGAGCUAAAGGAGUUCUUAGGGCUAAGUCGCCAGCCACCCGUUGCUACAGUACUAGGGCAACUGGAGAGAGCAUCGCAAGGCUCCAAUGCCCUGCCCAGGAAGGAGCUGGCCAAGACAGCGCAGAGCUGCUAUGACUUCCUGAAUAAGAUGGUGCAGAAUGACCCAACAUGCAAGGAGGAGGUGUUCCAAAGGGCACAGGCUUUCCCCUUCGUCCUGGUGGGUACUGGCUUUGUGUCAGUGUGCAGCGUGGCCCGUAAACUGGCCUUUGACGGUGCUCCAUACCUCUUCCAGCUGCCUGAGGAGUACCAGCAGCAAAAGCAGCUGUGGAAGUGUGUGGGGCUGCUGGACGCUUUUGAAGUAAAGAACUACGCCACUGUGUUGCAAGCACUGGCCACGAAUGCAGCUGAACUGCCUCUUUCCAAAAAGCAGGUGGAUCUGGUCUUUAGGCUGAUCACCACUGGGCUAGCUGGUGCCUUGCCGGAGGGUCAGCAAAUGGGUUCUUAUGAGGCCCAGAACAUCUUUUUCCCAGAUCAAGACAAAGUCCUGCGCCCGCUGCCCAAGUUGCUCUAUGAUGACACGCCAUGGCUGCCCCGCGAGAAUGGGGCCCUGCUCUGCCAUUCCAUGAUCCCACGGGAAAUUGCCAUGCGCUGUGGCAUCCCCACCACGAAGCACCGCGCCUUGUCACGCCAGCGGAUCCAGGGCCUCUCUCCCUGGGCCACAGAAUUCGGAGCUAAAGAGGACCUUUGCACCCGGCUAUCCAACAUCCUACGGGACUACUCCUCUUCGCGGGACGUGCUGAAGGAGCUGCUGCAGAAUGCCGACGAUGCUGGGGCAAAAGUCAUCCACUUCAUCUGGGAUCAGCGUCAACACCCGACUGACCGCGUCUUCAGCGAUGAGUGGAACGCUCUUCAAGGUCCGGCCCUUUGCAUCUAUAAUGACCGGACCUUCCAGAUGAGUGAUAUUGAAGGGAUCCAGCGCUUAGGCUGCGGUGGCAAAGGUGGAAGGCGGGAUGCUACUGGCAAGUACGGGCUGGGCUUCAACACAGUUUUCCACUUGACUGACUGCCCUGCCUUCGUGACAGGGGACAGCCUCCUAUGCGUCUUUGACCCCACGUUGCGCUACCUGCCCGAUUCUCACAAGGCCUCACCUGGUGCAAAGUAUAGUCUCACUAAAGGUUUCAAAGCCACCUUUGGGGAUGUUUAUCAUGCCUUUUUGCCUGAUGUGUUUGAGCUGGAACAUGGCACACUCUUCCGGUUGCCCCUACGUACUCCUGCCGAUGCGGUCUCCUCCCCAAUCUGCAAGGACUCCGUGUCUGAGGAAGGCAUGGAAAAUUUGAUUGGGGCUCUCGUGGAAGAUGCAGACUGCCUUGUGAUGUUCCUCAACCACAUUCGCUCCGUGGUUUUCUCUGUGAUCAGCAAGAGGGGAGGAGCACCAGAGGAGGUGCUGCGAGUGGAGACUGAUGGUGGUGAGCCUGAAAGGCUAGAAUACCAAAAACAUCUCCAACGGGUGGCUGCAGCAGGAGGCAUGGACGAGGGCAAGCCAAUCAGAGUCUUCUACAGAAUGAAGGUGAAUAACAGCUUGGCCAGGGCUCCCAGGAACUGGCUGGUCGGUAGGCAGAUUGGGGUGGAGAGCACAGAUACGGUGGAGAGCAGGCUGCUGCCACAUGGUGGGGUGGCUGCUUGCCUUGAUGGAAAGCCACCCAGCAGGGCCUUCUGCACACUGCCAUUGCCCGUGGACACAGGCCUCCCCAUCCACAUCAAUGGAAACUUCGCGGUGGACUCAGCACGGCGCGACUUGCGGAAGGGCGGCGAAGGCAACGUCAACACGGCGUGGAACGGCUUGCUGCUGCAAUGUCUCGUGGCCCCUUUGUAUUGCCGCCUGCUCGAGGAGCUGCGUCAGGCGCUGGGGGCUGUACCACUGACGUUCUGCACCAUGAGGGAAUGCCAGGAGCGGCUGAAUUCAAAGUAUUUGCAGUAUUUCCCAUUGGUGACAGAGGACGUCGCCCCACUCUGGCAGGAGCUGGUGACCCGUGUGUAUGAACUGGCCUAUGAGGAGCAGCUUCCAUUGGUGCCAGUGUACGAGAAGCAGAUUCGUUACUUUCCAUUUAGCGUGGAAGUAGUGAGUGUGGGCUGGAGCGCACCCAAAUUGGGCCACCCAACCAAAGAGCCCUAUUUCCUGCAGUCUGAGAUAGAUAAUCUCCUUGAGAAGACUCUCCAGACUUUGGGCAUGCGUUUAGUCCCUGCCUUCAAGCACCUGCAGGAGAUCCGCAACCAAUUUGUCAAGGCAGAAAUUGCCGUCUUAACUCUUGACCCACCUUCCCUCUGUUGCUUUCUCAGGAGCCUGCCCGACUUCUGCCUGCCAUGCCCGCUUGAACAAACGCCGGUGAAGAACAGUUACAAUUGCUCUGCUCUCCUGAAGUUCUGCCUCAGUGAGCUCCGUUCCGAGGAUAUGAGCUGUGUGGAAGGUCUCCCCUUACUGGUGACCCAGGAUAACAUGCUGAGGAGCUUCAGUCGGCAGAAGCCUGUAUACCAGAGCUGGGAUUAUAAACUUUUCCCACAACGUAAGGACCGUUUCUCUGCCUGCUGCAUUCACAACGUAGAGGCCAAGCAGCAGUUAAUAGAGAUGGGGUUCCUGAAGGAUUUUACUCUCUCUGAAUCUGUGGACUACAUCCAGGAGAUGCUGAUGUUGGACAAGUGGGCCACUGCUGCUGAACACCAGAGCUGGCUACGUGAGCUAUGGGAGUUCUUUGAGAAACAGGUCUGCAAGUCUAAGGGUGAGGAAAAGAUGAACCAGACAUUUGAAGAACUAGUCUCCCUCUUCAGAGGCUGUGCUCUGCUCCCUGUGAGUGGCUGCAAUAAGUCCUUGGUUCCUCUUGAGUCCCUCAACACCAUUAUACCUGAUGACUCGAGCGAGGUUUCUGCUAUCCUCUGCAAACUGGGCUUUGCCAAGCUAGACUCCUCCCUUCUGCCUCCUAUGCUCACCAGGUACUGCAUCCAGCCACGAUUGUUGCAGAGCACGGACCCUGCUGUAGUGCUGAUGCAGCUGGCUGAACGUGUUAGCCUGUGUUGGGAUGAACUCGAGUCAUGGGACUUUGGGACACUGAUGAGGUUCCUGUGCAAAGAUCUGAAGAAGUUGCAGAAUGAUCAUGGAUUACUAUGCAAAUUGAAAACUUUGCCGGUGUUUGAGACUACCCAAGGAAAGCGUGUUUCACUGGCUUUAUAUGAAAAUGUGUACCGCCUGGAGUCCAAGAUUUCAAAGGAAUCUAAGAAUUUUAAGGAGCUGUACGAGGUAGAUGAGAGGACCAUUUUGCUGAGUGACAACUGGCUGAACCAAUGUCUCAGUGAAUGCCUGGGCAUUGGUGUAAUGAACGACUUGCAGCAGUUCAUGCAGCAGCUUUUGCCCCGGGUGACCCAUCUCCCAGAGGCCAGAGUACUAGAGGCCGUGAAGUUACUCCUCACCAUAAACAUGCAUUAUUAUGCAGAGUAUGAGGCUGAGAAAGAGGCUGUGGUGUCAAAGUUUCGGUCUUUCCCCUUCAUUCGGGACAAGCAAAAUGUGCUGCGUCCUGCAUCCUACUUCUAUAAUGAGGAUGAUCAGCUUUAUCAGACAUUGGGGUUGGCCUCUCGGUUUGUGCCAGACAAAUUCUAUAAGUCAGUGUGGUCGGGCUAUAAAGGGGAUGUGAAAAGAUUCUUAAUCGAUGUGGGCCUGAAGAUCGUGAUAUCCGAGGAAGAUUUUCUGCUGUGUGCUGUUCAGGUUCAGGAAAGAGCACUGAGGGACGGUGCCACAUCUGGUGAUCUCCCUGAAAGAAGGAAAGGACUCUUGAAGCACCUGUUUUCCAGGUCAAGCGAAGACCUGUCAAAUGCCUUCCUGGAAAAAGUGUCCAAGAUCCGUUUCCUAGUGCCAGAAUUAGUGUCUGCUGAGUUGUGUCGCCUUCACUCCCCAUAUGUCCCACACAAUUGCCCAGUGGCACCCCAAGGUUCUCUGUACACUACACACACAGUCAGACUAUUCUGGACCUCAGCGGUUGUUCUGCCUUCCAUUGAAGAAGUACAAACAGCCAUUCUGGAGCGACUUGGGGUGUGCUGUACCUUGCCAGCAAAAUUGGUUUUGAAGAAUCUUAGCAAUGUAUGCCAGGCACCAUGCGAUACCUUAGAAGCCAGGAAAACCCGGGAGCAGGUCCUAAUCUCAAUAUACGAGUACUUGUCAAAACAGGAAGAGAUAGAGACUGGCUACCUAAAGGGAAUCCCUGUGAUACUGGUGGAUAAUGAUGAGGUAGCAGUGGCCCAACAUGUGGUGGGCUCCUUAAAAUGUUCUAGGGAAUUCCGGCCAUACAUCUAUCAGCUGCCCCGAAAGUUAUCUGCCUACACAGAUCUCUUGGAGAAAUUUGGAGUGCAAGCUGAACCAAGCAUCCAUCAUUAUGCCAGUGUUCUGGCCAGGAUUCAUGAGGAGACAGUAGAGCGGGUCACACUGCAGCCCAACCUUACUAAAACACUGCUCAGGGCCACCCAGUUCCUCUUCCAGCUCUUAGAUGAAUCGGAGAAACCGGUGGAUUUCUCACAGCUGAAGGAACUGCACCUGCCUUGCAUUGACGGGAAGUUAUAUCUUUCAAACACUCUUGUGUUCAGUCUGUACAAAUCUGACCAACAACUCCAGGCCUUGAAGAGCACCUUCCACUUUCUGGAGGAUCUCUCCGCCUCCUCCCUUGCCAAUGACAAGUAUGAGCAGUUGAGGCUUCUGCGGCUUCUGCCUGAGGCCCUGCGCCCCAAGAAUUUGUCAGACAUCACUAGAGAGCCGCUGGAGGAGUCCUCUCUGAAACUGUGUGCCUAUGGGGAACACUGUGAGUUCCAGAACUGCCUCAAAGAAGUUCUGGUUUCUCCCGAGUUCCAGCAUGCCCUGAUUGCUCUGCUGAAAUGGCAGGACAGAACAAAGGCAGUGGAUACAGAGAAGACAGAAUGUGUGUGCGACGGACUCUUCUCACCAGAGCAUCUAGAAGUGAUGUGUUGUGAAAAGGUGCGCACCGUAAUGAUGCACAACUCACAGGUUUUGGAGGGAACCCAGUGUGACAAGACGGUGCAUGUCGUAAGUAUGCCAGAUAGCAAGCAGCGGAUUUACCUUGAACACCAAGAGAUUAUGGAUCCAGAAAACACUGUGCAGAUCUCUGACGUCCUAGCCGCAGAAGUGAAUAAGCUUUUAGGAGAAAGGCUUCAUCAUAAAGCCCUGGUGGUCCUCAUGCAGAUUUUGGUUUGCCAGGGCCCUCAGAAAAUUGCUAAAGUGCUAGAGAAGAACGAUGUGCCCCUGCAUCAACCUGCAAACCAAAAUGCUUACAACCUGCCCCCUCCUGGAGAUGCCAUCCCUGAGGAAUGGUACGACAGCUUGGACAUGAGCAUCCUCCAUACCUUUGUGCCAGGAGAUUAUGUGGGUUACCUGGACUCUUCCCAGCCUGGAGAGCAUUACCUUUAUGCCGUGAUCCUUGAAGCACUUGGGCCGCAGCAGAGUGGUGCUGGCCAAGUACAUGUAUACCGUGUUGACCUGGGAGGAGGGCGGGAAGAAGAAGUCAGUGCCCAUGACCUCUACCACUUCCAGAGGACCAGGCCAGUCCCUGUCUUAAGUCAAGCUGUGGUCCUGGCAGAAAUUUCUCCCGGUGCUGCUAGCAGUGCAAGCUCGGCUGCAAGGGGCGACUGGUACCAGCGGCCACUGAGUGAGGUGCAGAAAGAAUUGGAUGCCUGCCUAGCUGAAAUUUGGAGUCUGUCGGAGGAAGAGAGGAGGAAGGCCGUAAGAAGACUCUAUCUAUGCUACCACCCAGAUAAAAACUUGGGUCAAGAGGAUUCUGCCAACGAAAUCUUCAAAUACCUUAAAGAGAAGAUCAAGGAGAUGGAGAACAAGGGAAAACGCAGCUCUAGCUGGGAACCCCAAAAUAGCAGUUCCUACAACAGAAACUUCUGGAACUUCUCAAAUUCUUGGGCAGAAUGGGACAAGCAAGCUCAUCAGCACCAUCAGAGGCGACAGGAAUUCACCAGGCGAAGUGGUGGUGGACAGCGCGGUGACUACAACUUCUGGUCAUUUCAUCAGAGUGGACCAAAUUGUUCAACGAAUCAAUCAAAGCGCCGUUGGCAGGAGGAGGCCAAGCGCUGGUUUCGGCAAGCAGAGUGUGAUCUGCGGGGGGCAGCUGGCCACGCUGGAAGUGACAGCACCGAAUGGCUACUUUACAAGACUUACCGGGCAGUGGAGAAAGCCCUGACAGCAAUCGAGUACAGCCAGGGAGGCUGCUUUGACAAGAAACUGUCUCUUGCAAUGCUGGCUGAUAACGUGGCAUCCCAUGGAGAUGAGCUGUCCACGCUUCCUGACCAAAUUGCUGAGCUCCGGGGGCAUGGCAUGGAUGAUAAGACGACUCAGUAUCCCAGCUACCACAGUUUCCCCACCAUUCCUAAUGAGGCCUUCCCUGCAUGUAAAGAGCAGGAGGUGCUACUCUUAGCUCAGGAGAUCCUAAACACAGUGAAGAGGUGGCUUGGCCUGUCAUAAGAGUGGAAGAUUUUUGUUUAAAAGUCCUGGACAGGUAGUUUGUAUAUAUAACAGAACUGAAUAUGAAAAGGAAUAACUGGGAGAAAACAUUUCAAAGCGGGGCUCUUUGGAAAAUACAUAUGACUCUUAGAACAAGAUUUAUGGUUGGGGUGUGGGAGCUUGUCUUUGUGAAAGUGGGACUAAAUAACCAUUCCUGAAUAAGGACAUUUUGUUACUUGACUUUUGUUAUUUUGCAUUAAUAAACUUUUGUUUCAUUAAAAAA